AAUCAUAAAAGAACACAUACUGGAGAGAAACCUUAUGAAUGUAAUCAAUGUAGUAAAGCCUUUGCACAGCCCAGUAAUCUCCAAUAUCAUAAAAGAACACAUACUGGAGAGAAACCUUAUGAAUGUAAUCAAUGUGGUAAAGCCUUUGCAAGACCCAGUGCUCUCCAAAGACAUAAAAGAACACAUACUGGAGAGAAACCUUAUGAAUGUAAUCAAUGUGGUAAAGCCUUUGCCUAUCACAGUAAUCUCCAAAAUCAUAAAAGAACACAUACUGUAGAGAAACCUUAUGAAUGCAAUCAAUGUGGUAAAGCCUUUGCAAGACCCAGUUGUCUCCAGUAUCCUAAAAGAACACACACUGGACAGAAAACUUAUUAAUGUAAUCAAUGUGACAGAGCCUUUACAAGAUUCGGAAAUCUCCAAUGUCAUAAAUCAACACAUACUGGAGAGAAACCUUAUGAAUGUAAACAAUGUGGUAAAGCCUUUGCACAGUGCAGUACUCUCCAAAGACAUAAAAGAACACAUACUGGAGAGAAACCUUAUGAGUGCAAUCAAUGUGGUAAAGCCUUUGCACAGCAAAGUAAUCUCCAAUAUCAUAAAAGAACACAUACUGGAGAGAAACCUUAUGAAUGUAAUCAAUGUGGUAAAGCCUUUGCAAGACCCAGUCAUCUCCAAAGACAUAAAAGAACACACACCGGACAGAAAACUUAUUAAUGUAAUCAAUGUGAUCAUGAGGCUGUGGGGGAAGAUGAUCUGGAUGGGUCAUAUGGCCUUGGAGCAUGUUUGGAACAGAGAAGAUAUACUGGAGUGAAACCAUAUGAGUAUAAUAUAUGUGGUAAAGCCUUUACAAGAUGCAGAAAUCUCCAAUAUCAUAAAUCAACACAUACUGGAGAGAACCCAUAUGAAUGUAAUCAGUGUGGUAAAGCCUUUACAAGACCCAGUCAACUCCAAAGACAUAAAAGGACACAUACAGGAGAGAAACCUUAUGAAUGCAAUCAAUGUGAUAAAGCCUUUGGAAGACCCAGUCAUCUCCAAAGACAUAAAAGGACACAUACCGGAGAGAAACCUUAUGAAUGUAAUCAAUGUGGUAAAGUCUUUGCACAGCACAGUCAUCUCCAAAGACAUAAAAGGACACAUACGGGAGAGAAACCUUAUGAAUGUAAUCAAUGUGGUAAAGCCUUUGCACGGCACAGUUAUCUCCAAUAUCAUAAAAGAACCCAUACUGGAGAGAAUCCUUAUGAAUGUAAUCAAUGUGGUAAAGCCUUUAGACAUCACGGUAAUCUCCAAUAUCAUAAAAGAACACAUACUGGAGAGAACACAUAUGAAUGUAAUCAAUGUGGUAAAGCCUUUGCAAGACCCAGUCAACUCCAAAGACAUAAAAGGACACAUACAGGAGAGAAACCUUAUGAAUGCGAUCAAUGUGGUAAAGCCUUUGGAAGACCCAGUCAUCUCCAAAGACAUAAAAGGACACAUACAGGAGAGAAACCUCAUGAAUGUAAUCAAUGUGGUAAAGCCUUUGCAUGGCACAGUGAUCUCCAAAGACAUAAAAGAACACAUACCGGAGAGAAACCU